CAUUCCACCUGCGCCAAGGAGAGUCGACGAUUACAUUGCAGGAUGUAGGGGUUUUGCUUGGACUCCGAGUGGAUGGAGAUGCUGUCACAGGUAGCGACGACUUCAACUGGACAGACAAGUGUGAAGUAUUGUUGGGUCAAGUUCCUCACAUGAGGGGUGGAAGGAUCAAACUUGAAUGGUUGAGAAACAAUUUUAUGAAUGUUCCGAUCGAUGCGACCGAGGAGAUCGUCAAGAUGUAUGCCCGUGCAUACAUACUUCACAUGAUCGGUACUAUUCUAUUCCCGGAUUCCACGAAGGAUUCGGUGCACGUGAGGUGGUUGCCACUCCUGGAGGAUCUUGUGGAUUGUGGGGGAUUGUCAUGGGGGAGUGCCGUGUUAGCGUAUCUGUAUAGGGAGAUGACCAAAGUGGCUCUUGUUCAAAACAAAGAAUUCAAGGGUUGUCUCACUCUGCUACAGAUAUGGUCUUGGGAGAGAUUGCAUUUGGGUUGCCCAGAUUUGAGAGAGGCACGUGCUCUCGAUGGCAAUAUUCCGUUAGGCUGCAGAUGGAAUGUAUCUAGAUCAUGGCAUACCUCACCAAAGGGCCAUGAAAACUUCUAUAGGAACGAGCUCGAUCAAAUGGAGGACGAACAGGUCAAGUGGAUGCCAUAUGAACAAGUUUUAGAGUCACUACCAGAUAUAUGCACAGAAGAGCCGGAUGUGUGGCGUGCUCGCGUCCCGAUCAUAUGUUUUGAGAUUGUCGAGAUGCACGUGCCCGACCGUGUGCUACGACAAUUUGGGCUACGACAACAUAUCCCGGUCCCUGUGGAGGUAAUAGAGAGAAAUCCCAGAAAAGGUGCACAUCGUCAAGAUUGGGAACAUAUUCACAGUGCUUACAUCGGGAGGUGGGAGAACAGGGAAGAACAUUUAGUGAUGGAGAGGGUUGACGCACCUGACCUAGGUGUGUAUUUGCGGUGGUAUUGGGGGAUUACUCGCCGGUGGAUAUUUCAGGAGAACAAAGCUCCUAAGGAAUACAUACCAAGAGGCCCAGUUGAGAGAGAGUUGGUACAAGAGCUCGAAGAACUUUCUACUAUGGCGCAUGAUGCAAUCCGAACAACUACCGAGCCAGGGCCGAGGAACACGUUCCUUCGCAUGAUCAAAAAGAUUCGGUCCGCUCUUCAAAGGACGCGUAAUGCAAGACGAGAUGAACGUGAGGAGCGAGACCAAUUGAGUACGAUCGUCGUCGAUUCCGAGGACACAGGGGCAGGCUCAAGCGGUGCACAUGAUGAAGCUGGGGCUCACAACAGGCUCAAGCCGGAUGUUCACAGUCGGUUCGAGUCGAUGAGGAUGUCAUGCACUCCCAACUUCACACACAACCGGACGAGGAACUGA